AUGGGCGAUAAUCGCAUGAGAGAGAUCGAGGGCAAAACCGUCCACGACCCAUACCCAAAACCCCGCCGCAUCUGGGUGCCUUACCCGGUGGUCGUCGGCGCCGGUCCGUCGGGCCUUGCGGUGGCGGCCUGCCUGAAGGCACGUGGCAUCCCGUCGCUCAUCCUCGAGCGGGAAAGCUGCCUAGCCUCCCUGUGGCGGCUCAAAACCUACGACCGCCUCAAACUCCACCUCCCGAGGCGGUUCUGCCAGCUGCCGAUGAUGGACUUCCCGGAAAAGUUCCCGGAAAACUUCCCGACGAAGAACGAGUUCGUCGGGUACCUCGAGGCGUACGCGGAGAGUUUUGGGCUCCGGCCGGUGUUCGGCUGCCGGGUGGUGGCGGUGGAGAACGACGGCGGCGGGAUGUGGCGGGUGGAGGUGGCGGCGGAGGCGGGGGAGGUGGUGGUGGAGUACGUGUGCCGGUGGUUGGUGGUGGCGACGGGGGAGAACGCGGAGGAGGUGGUGCCGGAAAUGGAGGGGGUGGAGGAGUUUUCCGGCGAGGUGGUGCACACGAGCGGGUAUAGAAACGGAGAGGGUUACGUGGGGAGGAAGGUCUGNUCCAGUGUUCACAUUCUGCCAAGGGAGAUGCUCGGGAGCUCGACUUUCGCACUCUCCAUGUGGCUGAUCAAGUGGUUCCCGGUUCGCAUUGUCGACUAUUUCUUGCUGGCCAUCUCGCGCCUUGUGCUUGGUGACACGGGCCGAUUUGGGCUGAACCGGCCCAAUAUGGGCCCGCUUGAGAUUAAGGGCUUAUUGGGCAAAACUCCGGUUUUGGACGUGGGAACCCUAGACAAGAUCAAAAAAGGGGACAUUAAGAUACGGCCCGCCAUAAGGAGACUAAGACAUAAAUCGGUGGAAUUCAUAGAUGGAACCAUAGAAAAUUUCGAUGCAGUUAUACUGGCAACUGGUUACAAAAGCAAUGUGCCAUCUUGGCUAAAGGAAAGCAAGAUGUUCUCAGAAAAAGAUGGGCUCCCAAAAAGGCCAUUUCCAAAUGGGUGGAAAGGUGAAAAUGGGCUGUAUGCUGUGGGGUUCACCAAACGCGGCCUUAUUGGGACAUCAGUCGAUGCCAACAACGUUGCAAAUGACAUUGAAAUCUCUUGGAAGGCAGAAAAUCAACACAUUAAUUCCUCCAUUUCUAAUUGGCCACUUUUAUUGGAAAAAAUUGUGUAG